AUGGGGAAAAGAAGGAGAUGUCAUGAAAGUACUGUAGCUCGGGAAGCAAGCGUGGAGAGUGAAGAAGAGUUGAGAAGCCGAAUGGAGAGAUUGCUGGCGAGAGCUGAGGCGUUGGAAAACACUGUAGCUCGGCAAAAUAAGAAGAUCCACAACAACAUAUCCGAUAUGUUGGAAGAUAUCAAGUUACUCUUAUUAGUUCAUGUCGCCGACAAGGAAAGGAGCGUGUUACUUGUGUUUACUUCUUGGGAUCAAUCAUGGAAUGUGAUCAAUGACGACGACAUGCCUUCUUCUUGUCAUUUUUGCCAUGUGAUACUGUUCAAUGGCUGCUUCUUUGCCGUCGAGCAAAAUGGGAGGACUUUCGCUGUACAUCUCUCUUCUCUGAGAUUGACACUGGCAGCAAAUCCUCCUGUGUUUGGCGACGGUGACAACAUUGAAUCCUCUGGUGAUAUGUUGUUGGUUGAUUUGAUAAGCAGGGAACUUGAAUCAGAUGACUUUUGGAACUUCGAGAAUUCUCAUGUCCAGAAUCACGCCUUUGCCACUGUAAAUACUUAUAUAACCCUCCAGAUUAUAAGUCUUCAGAUUUGUGCAAAGAGACCAGAGUUGGGUGCAGCUUCUGAUACUUUACCUCUUUAUGGACCAAGUGUCUUCUUCCACGGUUUCAUUUUUAAUGGGACAGACCUUGGCACUAUUGGAUAUAAGGAUGUGGCAGUGUGUGAUUUUAGGUCUCAGGAAAUGAAGCUGGUGCACGAACACCCUCUUUAG